AUGGCGCUUACGGUCUCCACUAAGCGAUUACCGCGUUGUCGAUUUCCAUUCGGCAUUGGUCGCACCGAAACCGCAGGUGCAGUUAUCGUCGCUAGCAUGCUGCUCUUCGGCGCUGUGACGCUUCUUUUCACUUCAAUGCAAGAGUGUACUCGAGAGCUUCUGAAAUUGAUAAACCCCAAUGGCGAGUCUUCGGCCGCCUCUACGGGAGCGCACAGUCACAACGAGCAUGUCCCCAACCACCAUCAGCACCACGGGAACGCCAUGGGUGGCCACCCCCACGAGCAUGCACACCACAGUCACUCACAUUACCAGGUAGCGCAGACGGAUGAAAUGGGGCGUGUGACGAUAAUGUGGACGAUGGUGGCAUUAGCUGCUGCUUCUGUCGUUUGCAAAGAGGCUCUCUUCCGCUGGACAAAACGUGUGGGAGAGCGAGCAGGGUCACGAGUUGUCGUGGCAAACGCAUACCACCACCGGGCCGAUGCAUGGUCCGGCGCCAUCGCCCUGGUGGGUGUAGCCGGGCAAUGCAUUGGAAUGCCGGGGAUCGACGGUCUGGCAGGACUCUUUGUUUCCGCCAGCAUUUGCCAAAUCGGUUACGCUUUAAUGCGCGACAGUGUGUUGGAGUUCUUCGACUUCCAGCGUGCAGAGGAGGUGGCAGCAGUGCGCCGGGUGCUACAAGAUUACAACAAGUUGCAUCUUGUCAAUGUUUUUCUUAUUCGGCACGGGCACUCAUACGCCCUUCACGUCACACUGCUCACGGAAAUGGACACCGCCGCGAUGGUACUCGCCAGAACCUCCAAUGAGCUGACAACACUUGCGCAAAGGAGUGUUCGAGUGGCCGACACCUUCACAACUAUAGCCCCAUGCGACCGCGGAAGUGAAGAAUCUCUGAGCAACAUACUGAGGCUUGUCGAAGAGUUUCACGGGUUGCAGCCCAUUCCAUUUGACUGGGGAACAAGGCGGAUUUCCCUGCCACAGACAAUAGAUGAGGAGUGCAUGAGAGAUGUGAAAUCUAUUGCCGCUUUCUUCGAACUGGAAAUAGACAUCGUUGCGGGGGAAAACGAUUUCAAAGGGACUGCUCAUCCUUCAGUGGGUUGUUGUUGA